AUGGUUAAAGUACAUGUUGUUGAUGCAAAUUUUAUCCGUCAAUAUUGUUUACCUGAUAUAAUAACCAAUAUAAAAUCUUUUCAUUUUUAUAUCAUAUCUCAAUGUCAAUUAUUAUCGAAUAAUAUUGAAAAAAUAAUAAAUUCAUUUAAAAUUGACCAAUUUUUUAUUUCACGUCAAUUGACAAAUGUAACUUGUUUCACUGAUCGAAUUAUGUCAUAUCAAUAUCUUUCUUCUUCUUCUAUUGUUAAUAUAUCUCCAUCUAUUAAUCGUUUAAUUUUUUCUCCAAAUGUUUUUACUUGGCCAUAUAUUCAACAUGUUUCGAUUAACUUAGAUCCAUCUGUUUAUUUAUUAUUUGAACCAUUUGAUGAAAUAUUUCCUAAUAGUUCUCAUAUUAAAGUUUAUACAGGUUAG